UUUCAUAAUCUGAGUACCUGGCAACCAGAAAACACUCCUCCCUCGAAACUAGUGGAGGUGAUGCAGUCAUUGAGCGACCAACAGAGAAGGAAUUGACGUAAACACAGUUCGGGUCUUGGGAUUGCAACAAUGUUUCAUGGAAUACCAGCUUCAGGAGGCAUGGGAGGGGCUCAAGCCAAUAAGCCAGAAUUAUAUGAGGAAGUAAAGCUGUAUAAAAAUGCAAGAGAAAGAGAAAAGUAUGACAAUAUGGCAGAGCUGUUCGCCGUAGUAAAGACACUCCAAGCCUUGGAGAAAGCUUACAUUAAAGACUGUGUAACACCUAACGAAUACACAGGUGCCUGCUCCAGACUGCUUGUCCAGUACAAGGCUGCUUUUAAACAGGUUCAGGCAUCAGAUGUUGGUUCAAUUGAUGACUUUUGCCGGAAAUACAGGCUUGACUGCCCACUAGCAAUGGAGAGAAUCAAAGAAGACCGCCCAAUUACCAUAAAGGAUGACAAGGGCAAUCUGAAUCGCUGCAUUGCAGAUAUUGUAUCUCUCUUUAUUACAGUCAUGGACAAACUGAGACUGGAAAUUCGAGCCAUGGAUGAGAUUCAACCAGACCUCAGAGAGCUGAUGGAGACCAUGAACAGAAUGAGCAACAUGCCAACAGAUUCAGAAGCUAAAGCGAAAGUCAGCCUCUGGUUGACUACGCUGAGCAGCAUGUCUGCCUCCGAUGAGCUGGAUGACUCUCAAGUUCGCCAGAUGCUGUUUGACCUAGAGUCGGCCUACAAUGCUUUCAAUCGGUUCUUGCACUCCUCUUAGACAACACUUCUCAGGACAUUUCUUACUCCAGUCUCACCAAACCAUUUCUCUGUAAAGGAUAAUCUUCAGUCAUUAUAUACAGACUCGGGGUUUCGGCUUGGAAAAUCUAUUGACCUUGCUGUCAAUCUCUUUGUUUUACAGACUUACUUUAACAAAUUGUAAUUUUUGCUUUUGAUUAAGUUCAUGUUUAAUUAUAGUUUCUGGAAUUAUAAUUAUUUGUCUUCGAAAAUAGAUUUUCAGUGUUAACACAUCUAAACUAUAUAUAUUAUAUUUUUCAUGUCUAAAUGUACUUUCCUUAUUUUACAUGUUAAU